AUGUCUGGGCAGACUCAACAAGCCACUUCGAUUGAGGAGUUUAUAUCGGCUCAUCACCGAUCGCUUUCACUUUGGUAUACAAUCAAGCAUUCAUGGAAGAAAAAAAAGAGAUUCAUGUCGAUCGAUCCCAUCAAUCUCACCACCUAUGACACUUCGUCGUGGGAGAACACUAACCAGUGGGCGUGGGAAACAGGUAUUGCUGACGUCUCUCCAUCGGACAAGCAAUCCAAUCAAGUAGUCAUCACAACCAAAAAGGAUGGCAAAAAGAAAGAUACCUUAAACUUUGAAUCUGAUCAUCGUUCUGAAUUAUUAACUGAUUUACAAAGAUCAUUAUCAGUAGUAAGAGCAGCAGAAAAACAAAACAAACCAGUUGAUCAAAUCAAUUAUCGUCAUUUGGGACGUGCAGGAUAUGUGUAUGAGAUGAGUUUGAGAGAGUUGGCAACCGGAUUGUACAAGUCGUACGGUGCCAAGAAACUCAAGCGUGGAGGUCUCUGGUUGGAUGUUGUGUUGACUGUCUGUUCAUGCUCUGUCGAGGAGCAGGAUCCCGAGAUUGCCAGAGAUCCAAAUGGCAAGCACUCCAAGAUCCGUGUAUCAUACUUUUUCAAGGACAUUGUCAAGAUUGAAAGCUUGGCCGACAAUAACAACGCCUAUCUCUUUUACAUGAACAACGAGGUUGAUGCCGCCACCGAUCUCUUUAUCGUCUCUGAUCCAAAGUUUAUCGAAAACGUCAUGCAAUUCUCUAAAAAGUAUGUUGGUCACGACGUCAAAUUGUUAAAGUCCUCUUCAUCACUACAAGACGUACCAAAUCAUCGUAUCAAACGUCACGGUAAAGAAGAUGAUGACGCCUUGGUUUCAAUCAUUGAUUUCACUGUAAACAAAAUUAGUAAUCGUCAUAAUGGUCCUGUUCAAAGAUUAUUAGCUUUAUCAACUACAAAAUUGGUUGAAAGAGAUUUAUUAAAUUAUACAAUUAUUACAACUAGAUCAUAUACUACUAUUGCAUGUUUAGUUAGAUAUGAAAGUGAUAGUCAAAAGUUAUCUAUUCAAUACAAGGAUGGCUUAUUGAAAACCUAUACUUCAUCGGCUAGAGAUGCAUUGAUUGCCAGUAUCAUUGAUUUCUGUCGUUCCGUUGGAAAUAAUAAUGCAACCAUUUUUACUUCUCAAAUUGUUCGUGGUAUGAAAAUUACUCCUCAUCAUGUUACUCCAAGUGAAGAUGUACAAGAACAAUAUAUGAGAUUAUUUGAACAAAAAUCAUUUGAUUUCGAAACGUUGAGUGUAUCACAAAUUGCACUUAGUUUGGAUGGAUUUAUUUCAAAUAUUCCAUAUGCCGGUCUAUCAAAUGUAUUUGCUGAAAAGAAUGGCAAGGUAGUAUUAAAUUGUAUUCAAAAGUUAUUGUCUGGUGUCAAGUUGGGACCAAACGAUGACAAGAGUGACUAUGACCUCAUUUCAGUCAUUCUCCAAAUGCUCCGUAGAAUCGUUGCAACUCGUGUAGGUUUUGAAUUGUUUACUCAUUUCCCUCAUUGCAAAAUCCCAUUAAUCAAUCUCUUAAAACGUUCCAUUCAAUGUGUUGAAGAUACCAUUACCUAUUAUGGUAUUGAUUUAAUGAUUGCUUUAAUUCAACCUGCAUUUGAAGGAGAUUAUGAAUCAGGACAAUGUCAAUUAAAUAAGAGAGAAUUAUUCAUGUCAUUAGAUUUAAACAAGACAUUGUUUGAAUUGAUUCAAAGACAUUCGGCAAGUGGAACGGGAGCUUUGGUUUUAAAUUCGGCUAUUGAAUUGUUGACUCUAUUGUUAUGUGAACCAUACAGCGAGACUACAGAUGCACCCAUUUUCAAUGAUCUGUUGACACGUGUCGGUGCAUUGGGACGUGACUUGUUCAAGUUGUUUAUGCAUCAGUGUCCUGCCAUCUCCAAGAAUGCAGGUAUGUUGAUGAUGGUUGUCAUCAAUGAAGGUGAUGAACAGUUGGCCAAACAAAUGCAGAUCAUUGCAUUGGUUGAAGGUGCUUUGUUGCGUCAUUUACACGACUCACUCUUUUUAAAGGUGUUGCCUGGAGUUGUCAACCCAACCAACAUUAGAAACUCACAAAAGCGUGAGAUGAGCAAGAUAUUGAUCGGUCUUUGGACGGCCGAGAAUCCAGUCUGUCGUGCUCUACUUGAUCGCGUGUUCCCACGUGGACUUGUGAUGUACCUAGACAGCGCUGAAGAGCCACCCAAAGAAGCUGCCCUAUCCGCCGCACAAGAGAGCAGUGGUCCCAAAGCCAUCAAACUCAGUAUCUUUGCCAACUGGCGUAUGAAAAAGAUCAUCAAGACGAGAGAAACUAUGGCCAAAGCUGUAAUCCGUAUCAAACGUGAACAAAAACCACUCAAACAACUCAACUGGCCCAUGUUCCUCUUCCAAUUUGCUCAAGACCAUCGUGACGCCAAUCUCAUCUGGAAUCAUACCACAAGAGAAGAGUUGAGAGAGUCAAUGGACAAUGAAAUGCGUCUACUCCAACAAGAACAAGAAGCUGCGGGUCGUGAAGUGGUCGCAUGGAAUGAUGAAGAUUUUGAAGUCCCAUACCCAUCACUUAAAAAGGAGAUUGCUGUUGGUGGAUACUACAUCUCGUUGUUGGUCGAUGGUACCUCCAAGGGUAUCCGUCUCCAACACCCAGGUAACUUUUUCAGCGAGUUGUGGCAGAAUUUCCUACUCAACGAAAGUCCCGAUCAAAAGGCAUUGUGUAUGCGUGCCAUGACACUCGUCUUUACAUUCUAUCAUCAACAUCCAACCAUGGUACACCCAUUCUCAAAUAUUGCUCAUCUCAUUGAUUUGCUCGAGACUACCAACGAUGUCGUUUUACGUGAUCGUCUUUUAUUGUUUGCACGUUCUCUACUCCAAGUAAAGGCAAAUGCCAAGUUGUUUAUUGAUAAUCGUGGUAUCUACCGUUUGAUGGAUCUCAUCACACUCGUUCACACCCAUUACACCUAUGGUGAAGAAGGACGUCUCUUGCAAGAAUGGUACUAUGCACUUGAAGGUGCUGAAGGUAGUGCUCCUCAACGUGUCGGUCCAGUGUCCCGUGUCGAGCUCCUCGAACUGUACACUAGCAAAAAGAUCAACCGAAACACUCGUUGUUGGGCACAAGGUUCGGAAAAGUGGAAGCCAUUGUCUGCCAUCCCCGAACUACGUUGGACCAUCAUGAACGGUACUACACACGGAAACACUGGUGGUGUAUUACCCAAGGCCGAACUCGGUAGUGUCAUCCUCGACAUUCUCAAUGCACUCUGCAGUUUCCGUCCCACUCGUCACCCAACCACUGGUGCAGUCGUACGUCCACUCCCACGUGUCAAGCGUAUCAUUUGCGAGCCACUCAAUCUUCCACGUAUCGUCCAAACAUUGCUUGCAGGUCAAGAUAUGCUUGUCGAAAAGACUGCUAUCCUUUUAGAGUCAUUGCUCAUUGACAAUGCAGUAUUUACGAGUAAAUUCUAUCUUACUGGUGCAUUCUUUUUCAUGUUGCUCUAUCCCAACUCAAACAUCUUGCCAAUUGUCAAGUUACUCCAGAUUAUCCACAACAAGCAACACCUUAUCACCAGCGAAGAAGCUUCCAAGCACUCGGUACUCUAUCCAUUGCUCCCAGAGGCACUUAUCUGUUUCCUCGACAAUUACACUCCCGAAAACUUUGCUUCCAAAUUCCUUUCAGACAAUGAUGAUCCCGAGACCAUUUGGAAUAGCAAUAUGCGUAAGCUUAUGCGUGAAAAGAUCGAGUUGCAUUUGGCGUCACUCCCACAACGUCUCCAUUCCAACACGACCACCAUCUACGAAUACGUCCCUAUUCCCAAGAUCAUCUAUGCCGAGCUUGAAGGCGAGUUGUUCUGCCACUCGUACUAUUUGUCGCGUCUCUGUGACACUCGUCGUUUCCCCAACUGGCCAAUCCGUCAACCACUCGAACUAUUCAAGAGCGUGUUGAUUGUAUGGUCCGAGGAGGCCGUCAAGGCUCCACAAGUCAUGUCGGUGCAAGAAGCCAUCGAAGUGCUCAACCUCAAGGUCACUGGCAAGCCACCCGCCGGCAAAGCACACAAUUUCAAGGACGAUGAGAUUAGAAAGGCCUACUACAAGUUGGCUGCCAAGUACCAUCCAGACAAGAACCCAGAAGGUCGUGAUAUGUUUGAAAAGAUCCAAACUGCCUAUGAACUCUUGUCUACAGUCAACAAUAUCGACAAUGAACGUGGAUCAGACAAGAAGAUCUCGUUGAUCCUCUUAACUCAGGUCAUUCUCUACACUCGUUACAUUGACCAGUUCCGUCCCUUCAAGUAUCCAGCCUAUCCACAACUAUGGAAGCUUAUCACUGAGCUCAUGGCCAACGACAAGUCAUUUGAUCGCAAGAACAAGACUCCACUCAUCUCGCCAGCCACUCACCUUCUCUAUCUCACCGUCGAAGCCUCUCCACUCAACUCUGAAGAGAUUACUCGUAACAAUGGUGUACCUAUCCUCGCCAAGUUGUUUAGCAAGUCGGUCGAUAUUGUCUUUGAGGAUCUCGUAGUCCCCACCCUCAUCAUUCAAACCACACCAGUCUCUCCAACAUUCUCUGGCAAGCAAAUCAAGGGAGAUAUCCCCGAACCAAAGGCUGCAGGUCAAAAUGCCAACACUCCACCAGGUAUCGAUCAAGAACCAGCCAACAAGUCUGACCAACCAGCUCCAUCUGCUCCACAAGGCCCUUCCAACGCACUCAUCACUAUCCCUACUUCCAAAUUCAACAUUAAUGAUCCAACUUUGGAAAGCGAUGUACCUGCCGAAGUUUCAUCUUCAUUACUUCGUACUUUUGGUGUUAUGGCCAAGUUCCCAGGUUCACGUAAACAAUUAUUUGCAAACAAUGAGUCACUCAAGAUUUGUGAUAAUAUCUGUAAAUGUUUGUAUCUCUCUUACAGUCAUCCACAUAUUGUAACCUAUGCACUCGAAGCCAUCUACCAAUUUGCUCGUCAAGACGACGAACUUCAAGCUGCCAUUGUUCAAGCUGGUGUUGUAUGGCACUUGCUCCGUCUCUUGUUUGGUUAUGAUCACACUUUGGUCAACAGUGGUGUUGAAGUUAACCUCGACUCUAAUCGUAUCAUGAUUGGUAAUCUCCAUGCUAGAAUGUCACUUCGUGCCCUCAGAAGAAUGUCUGGUAUCAAGAGUGAAGAAGAUAUUGAAGGUUAUGCCGAACCAUCUGACAAACCAGAAGACAAGGAAGCUAAAAAGGCAGCUGCCGAAGCUGUCCAAAAAGGAAAUACUGGUCCUAUUGCAAUGCCAGUUCUCGAUUCAAAUGUUCUCACACUUACUUCUGGUCAACCAACUCCAGUUGCAACCAAUCCAUUAUCAAAUUCACCAACACAACAAGGUCAAUCUGCUUCCUCUCAACAAGGUCAAUCUGCUAGUCCUACCACCGCUACUCCACCAAUUGGUAAUCAACUAGCAAAUACAGCAGCAUCAAAACCAAUUCCAAAACCAACAGCUCAUACUGCUAAAAAGGCAGCACCACAAGUUGAUGUUCAAGCAUUCUUGGAAACUCCAGAGACUGAAUUAAAUCUAAAGGUUCGUGAAACGAUUACAGUAUUCCUCAGUAGUCAUAUUGUUGUUCGUCUCAAGAUGCCAAUUGGUACCAUCCCAUCGAAACACUAUCACAAGUUGCUGACAGAGAUGAAUACCAAACACGAGACUGCCGCCUUUAUUUGGAACAGUUCAACCAGAGACGAUUUGAUGGAAUUCUUGAACAAGAAAUUGGAUGAAGCUCAUCGUAAUCCAAAUGCCAUCAAUCCAUUCUCUACCGAAACCUUUUCCUACAAAUCAUUGUCUGGUGAACUCAAGGUUGGUGGAUACUACCUUCGUGUUUACAAUGCUGCCCCAACAGCUCCAACCAAUGCUACCACCCCCAUUUCCGAUCUAUUUGUACAGUUGGUAGAUUUCUUGGCUCAACAAAGAACUGCCAACGAACUUCCACAACGUGUCGCCGACAAAAAGAUCUGGGAUAUCUAUACAUUCAAGGUAUCAAUGUCAAUGGAAGCUCUUAGAAAUGUUAUUCAACAUGGUAAAGUUAAUCCAAAUAACUUUAAUCAAAAGGAUAGAAUGAGAUUAAUCUUUAAUUUCUUAAGAAUCGAAGAUAAUUUAAAUAUAUUAAAAUUAACAUUAGAAGUAUUAUCAUUGGUAACAUCAAAUAUGGAAUGUAUUCAACAUAUUGCAAGUGCAGGUAAUGAAGCAGAAGGAUGUUUGGUAUCCAAUUUGUUACAACUUUUGGCCAAACCAAAACAACCAAUUUUGGACCUCCAACUAAAGGUAUUACAUUCAUUGGUAGCUCUAUCACAACAUGUAAACGAUACUGUUAAUCAUUGCGGUGUAUUGUAUCUUUUAGAUAUUGUAUCAAAUAAUCAAAUCCAAUUUGAUAGUCGUGUUAGAGCAUGUGCAGUACUUGGUAGAAUGCUCAUUGACAAGGUACAUGGACCACGUGUUACAUUGUUACUCUCCAAGUUUAUUCCACCCGUCUUUUCAUCGACCAUGGGUGAAGACCCACAACAAACCGUCAUGGUAUUUGAUGCACAACACGAGAACCCAGAACUUAUUUGGAACAACAACACUCGUGCUCAAUUUAGAGAGAUUAUUGGUAACCUACAAAAGCAAUACAAUCAAUUGCUCGUCAACAGCGGCACACUCAACCAACCAUGGAGAAUUGCCGAAGACUUUGCCAUCUCUUACGAAAUGGGUGAGAAUGAAAUCUUUAUCGGUGGUGUCUACAUCUCGCUCUUCCUCAAGCAACCAGGAUGGUCUUUGCGUAAUCCUCGCAAGUUCCUCCUCGAAGUAUUUGACUUGCUCAUCAAAUUGGCCGGUGCCGAUGGUGGUCACGAUGCCAAGAUUCAACAAUUGUCGCUCGCCAUCAUCUCACUCUUCCAACACCACAAUGUCAUUUCCGAUCAACUUCCAUCAACCGGUUACAUUGAAAAGUUGCUGCCACUCAUGAGUCACACCAACAUUCAAAUCCGUUUGCUCAUGAUCAACAUUCUCCACUCCAUGUCUGACAGUCAAGUAUGCGUUGACCAUCUCGCCAAGAUUGGUACACUCUGGAGUCACAUGGCCCGUGUCAUCUCGUUGCCCAACGAAAACCUCGCCCUCACCGCCGAAUGCAUUGGCAAGGUGCUCAAGCUCAACCGUUGUGAAAAGAGCUGUCUCGUCGAACAAGCCUCACGAUCUGAAUUUAUCAACAACUCGCUCAAGCUUUUGGAACGUGGAAAGGGUGUCUCACCAGCCACUCAGGCCAUCGUUGUAAACUACCUCAAAUCAUUUGAAUUGGAUCCACUCCACGGUGCAGGUAUCACUGCCAUCCUUGAUAAAUCUGAAAUCUGGGCCUCUUAUUCCUCUCAAAGUCACGAUCUCUUUAUCACUGGCCCUGCGACUGGUCCUGUUGGACUUUUGACUGCUGGUACCACCACUGUUGGUCUAUUAACUUCAACUGCUUUCAAUCCUCAAGUUGGAGGUCAUACAUUUAGCCGCUCAGAGUUGAUUAAAGAGAUUGCAAAGAAAUUCCCAAAGUAUUCUUCAACUACAACCAAUACACCAUCUCCUUCUAUACCAUCUCCUCCUUCUGUACAAUCUCUAUCUGUACCAUAUGCUCCUUCUGUACCAUCUCUAUCUGUACCAUCUGCUCCUUCUGUACCAUCUGCUCAUUCUGUACCAUCUCUAUCUGAUGGUGGCAGAUGA